GCCGAUCCGAUCGGCAGUGUCCUCUGUGGCAUCCCAUCGUACUGCACCGCCCUGCACUGCCCUGCACUACCCCGAGCUGCCUGCUGUCUCUGUUGCCAUGGCUCUGCUCCGACACAUCCGGUGUCUCCGCGGCUGCCACUCUCCCCUCGCUGCCGCCGCUGCCCUUGCAGGCCGGAUUGGACAGUCCAGCGCUUCGGUUGCCCAAGCAAGAUCGUAUGCCACGCCUGCGCAAAAGAAAGCCAAGUCGCAACCAGACUCGGAGCCACGCAUCCUGCUCGGCCGGCCCGGCAACAAUCUCAAAAUGGGCAUCGUUGGCCUCCCAAAUAUCGGAAAGUCGUCGUUUUUCAACUCGCUGACCAACAGCGCCGUGCCCUCUGAGAACUAUCCCUUUUGCACCAUCGACCCGUCAGAGUCGCGGGUUAUCGUCCCAGACGAGCGAUUCGACUGGCUCUGCAACCAUUACAAGACUCGAUCAGCAGUGCCUGCGUCCCUGACUGUGACCGAUAUUGCCGGCUUGGUCAAAGGUGCUCAUGAGGGUGCCGGCCUCGGAAACGCAUUCCUGUCCAACAUUCAAGCGGUCGAUGGCAUCUUCCACCUGUGUCGAGGGUUUGAGGACAAGGAUAUAACCCAUGUCGAGGGAAACGUCGAUCCCGUUCGAGACCUGAUGAUCAUCCACGACGAGCUGCGGCUCAAGGACGAGGCCCAAAUCGAGAAGCUGCUCGAGGCCCGCAAGAAGGACAUCGCCAAGUAUGGCCGGAACAUGGCCAAGGAAAAGCUCGAGGAGUACGAUGUUCUCAGCAAACUCUGGGACGUCUUGAGCGUGCAGCAGCGUGACGUCCGCGACCACGAGUGGUCCAAUCCAGAGACCAAGAUCAUCAACGGCCUCUAUUUGCUGACCGCCAAACCCGUCGUCUACCUCUGUAACCUAAGCGAGCGCGACUACGCUACCCGAGACGAUCGCUAUCUCUCUGCCAUUCGAAAAUGGGUCGACGAGAACCAUCCCGGAGACGGCGUUAUUGGAUACUCGAACGAUGUGGAGUACACCCUCUCUGCCUCUGAAACGGACGAAGAACGAGCCGAAUACCUCGCCGAGGUGCAGAACAAGUACGGCAUCUCCGAGCCGGUAACAAGCGCCUUCAAGGAUAUCAUCAACUCGGGCUACAAUGCCUUGAGCCUGUUCUACUUCUUCACCGCCGGCGAGCAAGAAGUACGAGCGUGGACCAUCCGCAAAGGCACGAAGGCACCCCAGGCGGCCGGUGUCAUCCAUUCCGACUUUGAAAAGUCAUUUGUGACAGCAGAGACGAUGAAGUUUGAGGACCUGAAGGCCCUUGGAAGCGAGGACAGUGUCAAGGCUGCCGGAAAAUACGCCCAAAAGGGCCGAGACUAUGUCGUUGAGGACGGCGACAUCUUCCACUUCAAGGUUGGAAAGCGCAAGUAGAGGUGGCUCGCCGAGUGAUGCCAUGGUUUGUUUAUAUCGUCAUGACCGCUGUGUCGAGCGUCCCGAAAUACUACCACUCCAAUAGACACUCUCAUUGUAUCUUGGUAAUAUAUAUCAUCCUUUCUGAAAUGCCGAGCUCCCCAAAAC